AGACUUACAAAGCCUGCUCUACUCUGGCGUUGACCAGAUGACAAGGACAUGUGGUUACUUGAGGGAGGCUGCACUGCCAAGAGCUAAAAGCUCGCAGCAGCAAAGUUCACGACACGACUAUCGAGCCACGUCAGGUUUUCAACAAACAAGAAGCCCAGUUGAAAGAAACAGGUUUUCCGUGGGCCACGAGUCUUCAGACAGUACAAGUGAUUUCGUCUACGGUACAAGUGAUUUCGUCGACGGUACAAGUGAUUUCGUCAUGGUUCUGCUCACGAUGAUAGCCAGAGUGGCGGACGGCCUGCCGUUGGCUGCGUCUGUCCAAGAAGAUGAACAGUCAGGUCGGAGCAUGAUGGAGUAUCAGACGCAGGCCAAGCAGUUGUUCAGGAAACUUUCCCAGGACCCCAAUCCUCCUGCUAGAUGCAGUCUUGAAACAGGCACCUACUUGUUCCACUACCUGAUCGAGCGGUCGGUGUGCUACCUGGUACUCUGUGACAAGGCCUUCUCCAAGCGGCUGGCGUUCACGUACCUGGAGGAUCUACAGAACGAGUUCAGCUCACAGUACGGCUCCAGGCUGGACACCGUCUCAAGACCCUACUCCUUUAUUGAGUUUGACACGUACAUGCAGAAGGCGAGGAAGUCGUACAUGGACUCCCGGGCACGCAGAAACCUCAGCCACAUCAACACGGAGCUACAGGAUGUGCAGAGGAUCAUGGUCCAAAAUAUCGACGACGUUUUGACCCGAGGAGAAAUGAUCUCAGUAUUGGACACCAAAGCCAGCAAUUUGUCGACCCAAGCCCAGAAGUACAAAAAAGAUGCCAAGUAUCUGAACCUGCGGUCUUCCUACGCCAAGAUCGGCGCUGUUGUUGUGGUAGUCGUCUUGUUCCUGCUCUUUCUGCGCUACUGGAUCUUGUGAGGCGGGAACAGAGAUAGAAGAAGUUUAUUGAUGUUUUCAGCCAGAAGUGUGUGAGUAAGUGUUACAGUUGUCGGCGCACGAUGAAGUCACUGGAUCCUCUCGUGUACCGUUGUUACGGCUUUUUUGCACGCCGCUGUUUGAUCUAUGAGUGUGUGGAAUCUCUCCCCUGUGUGUGCAUCGGGUCAGAACAGCGGGGCCUUUGUUCCUCAUCUCUAACCUACCCGUAGUUUUUGAACGUGUGGGUGUGGGUGUGGGUGUGGGUGGUUGGUAGAUGCUCUUGUGUGGUUUGCUCCUUCUUUCCUCUCCAACAUUUAUUGUCGUUGUUUUUCCUCCUCCCUUGUCUGGGUAUGUUACUCUCUUGAAACACCUCUCAUUUCCAGCUCUUCUAGGAUCUUAUUGGUCGCUUUUAACCACAAGUGGGCUAACACAGAUUUCGGGGGUUUCCAGAAAUCUUGACCUGCACCAAAA